AUGGUUCUGUUGGUCAUUGCUGUCACACAUGACCCGUUCCAGCCUAGCUGUCAAGUGAAAACAGGCUGUUGUGGGCACGAAAUACGCUGGACACUGGCUAAUGGUGAGGGGCAUCUGAAGGUAUAUAUGGGGCAAUAUGAUCUUGCAUACCAUGGCUUGGUGGAAAGUGAUAUUGUUGGUCUUGCUGUCUGCAUCGAGAUGGUCGAGUGGGUCGUCUACGAGUUGUCAUCAGGUGGCGGUACAGGAGACACACUUACUCGCUUGUCUGUGCAGUUAGAGGAAGAAUCCCUGUCUUCUCCUGAACCUGCAUCUAUUCUCUCAUCCUUCACCCUGUGUUUGUGGUUUAGGGUCACCACCUUUCUUGAAAUGUCUACUCUCUUAAGCUAUGCUCUCUCAGAAACAGAAGAUGACGCCAUUCAGCUCCGUACCUUCCAUGGCAAACUGAAAUUGAGAUAUAUGAUGGGAAAGGCCAUAGGUCUCGACGCCCUCAUCUCCCCACUUAGGUGGCAUCCGAUGUGCUUGGUGGCUGAUCCCGACCGCCUCGUCCUGUGGCUGGAAGGAAGGAACCUCACUGUGGACGCCCCUACCCCCCCGCUACCCCUCGGCGGCCACCUGGUCAUCGGCCAGGAGCAGGACGAGUGGGACGGGGGGUACACUCCCUCGCAGUCCUUCUUGGGUCAGGUCACGGGACUCACCAUGUGGGACGUUGCCCUUGAAGCCACGCGGAUGUAUGCUUGGUCUCACUGUGAGCCAACCAACGCGAGUGCAUUCAUAUCGUGGCCUCAACUUCAACUGGACUCUGCAUAACCAAACAGGCCACUUAAAGGUGUCACCUUCCAUGCCCUGUAUUAAGCAUGAUGACCUGCUUCUGUUUACCUUCCCCUUGAUAUGGUCGGAAGCCCUGGCCUACCUGCGUCGCAUAGGCCUGGAGAUGGCUGCUCCACGGUCCCUUGAGGAAAUUUCCUAUUUAUCUCAAAUCAUUCAAGAGAACCACCAGUUUUGUAGUGUGGAAGUUAGAACUGG